AAUAUCCAUGAUGAAAAAAGACUAGGUAAAUAAAUGAGUAGUACAAGAACUAAAACGCGAAAGGAAGAGUGGGCUGGAUAGGAGCUCGUAAGUGUGAUCGGAAGAUAGCUUUUGCCGAAAAGCUUUUCUGCCGCUUAUGUUUGCGACCGCGAACCAGUUGCAAAUUUGGUGCCGCAGUGGACGGAACUUCCCCAACCAGUCUAAAAUUUCCUGAGCGAAACCCACCACUCAGUUACUCUUGCAUCCCGCGUACUGUUCGUUAGCCCUUCUCGGUGUGUGUUUUUAUAGGACAUACAUUAUAUAUAAAAACCAUUAUGAGCAAGCAAUUGGCGCGCCAUGUGGGUCAGCUGAGCAACCUGCUGAAAACAGCGACGACGGCAUCUACGGUCGCCGCCCAAAACAACUAUUUCACUUAUGUCCGGGAACUGUCGCAUCCCAUCGCCCGGGAGCCUCCAAUUGUGAAAGCGGAAGAGGCCGUGGCAUGCGUCAAAUCGGGCGACACGGUCUUUGCCGGCGGAGCAGCCUCCACGCCCGUGGCCCUGCUGAACGCGAUGGCCAAGCACGGAAAGGAGAACAAGCUCGAGUGCGUCACGGUGUGCCAUAUGCACACUGAGGGUCCUGGGGAGUACGCCAAGCCGGAGUACAAGGACAUCUUCCGCUCGAACUCGUUCUUUAUGGGUGCCAAUGUCCGUAAAGCGGUGGCCGAGGGACGUGGUGAUAAUGUUCCGAUCUUCCUGCACGAGAUCCCACAGCUGUUCUACAAGCAGAUCGUAAAGCCCGAUGUGUCUUUUAUCCACGUCUCGCCGCCGGAUAACCAUGGCUACUGCUCCCUGGGCACCAGCGUCGAUUGUGUGCGUGCUGCUCUACUGCACUCGAAGCUAAUUGUUGCUCAAAUCAACCCCAAGAUGCCGCGCACUUUCGGCGAUGCCAUUAUCCACAAGUCGCAUUUUGACUACGCCAUCGAGGUAAAUGAUGAUUUGCCUCAGCAUGGAACUGGUGAGAUUUCUCCUGUGGAGAAGAAGAUUGGAAAGUUGAUCGCGGAAAACCUCGUCAAGGAUGGUGCCACCUUGCAAAUGGGCAUUGGCAGCAUCCCUGACGCCGUUCUUGCCGCCUUGCACAACCACAAGGAUCUGGGCAUCCACUCCGAGAUGUUUGCCAACGGAGUUGUAGAGUUGGUACGCAAGGGAUGUGUCACCAACAGCAAGAAGAAGAUGCACCAGGGCAGGAUCGUGGGCUCCUUCCUCAUCGGUGACAAGGCUCUUUACGAUUUUGUAGACAACAAUCCAUUCAUCGAGAUGUAUGCCAUCGACUAUGUGAACAAUACCAGCAUUGUGAAACAGCAGCCCCGCAUGACGGCCAUCAACAGCUGCAUUGAAGUGGAUCUGACUGGACAGGUCUGCUCCGACUCCAUCGGCUCCCGUUUCUACUCUGGAUUUGGCGGACAGGUCGACUUCAUUCGUGGAGCGGCUGAGGGUCUGGACGGACUUGGUGUACCCAUCAUUGCCAUGCCAUCGACCACCAACAAGGGCGAGAGCAAGAUCUCACCUACGCUGAAGGAGGGCGCUGGCGUCGUCACUUCGCGUGCCCACGUUCACUACGUCGUCACGGAGCACGGAAUUGCCUCGCUUUUCGGCAAGAACGUGCGCCAGAGGAUGUACGAGCUCAUCCAGAUUGCCGAUCCCAAGCACCGCGAAUCCCUGGAGAAGCAAGCCUUCGAGCGCAUUAAGGUCAUGCCAUCACCGAACUAAGCACUGAACUCCUAGAGUAAACUAUUGCCGAGCAGCAACCCGCAAUCUUUGAAGGCAUUCCCGAAAUUGCUUUGAUCCACUUCAUAGAACUGCAAUCAUGAUAGCCCUUAUAUAGCAUUACCAAAAGAGAUCUUUCAAUUGAUGAGAACCAAAACCAUGGGAGAAAUAAAACUGAAAAAUUACUAAAAAGGCA